AUGGCUAUGGAACAGUUUAGGAUGUACGUUGGCUUAUUGCCAAGGAUCAAUGUAAUUCGGGCUUCCAAGAGGCAGAUACAUUGCAGUUCAGCUUUGUUUGCAGGGCAUUCAAAGUGGGCUAAUAUUAGACAUGAUAAAGCUAAGAAUGAUGCGAAGAAAUCAAAAGAAGCAUACACUAUAGCCACGAGGAUCGUCUCUAGUGUUAAAACAGGAGGAGUUGAAGGUAAUGCUCAAUUAGAAACAUUAAUCGAAAAGGCUAAGAAGUUAAAUGUCACCAAAAAAAUCAUUGAAAAUGCUAUAAAGAGAGGAACAGGUGAAAUAUCGAAUGAUGGCCUCAAGCUGCAAGAGGUGAUGUAUGAGUUUAUGGGCCCCGGAGGUGUUGCCUUUAUUGUCACAGCAGAUACUGACAAUAGAAAUAGAACUAUUGGGACAGUUAAGCAUGCCUUGUCCCAGUUCAAUGCUGCAUUGAGUCCUUGUCUGUAUUUGUUUCAAAAGAAAGGUGUGAUAUUGGUAGAGCCUUUGAAAGAACUGCAGUCAUUAGAUGAAAUACUUGAGGAUGCUAUAGAAGUGGGAGCAGAAGAUGUUGAUGAAUACGAAGACGUUGGACAAGAGUACAAUGCAGAUAAGCUAUUCCGAAUGAUCACUGACGUAGCGGAAGUAAACAAAGUGUCAAAUAAUCUCAAUGCGAAAGGCUAUAAAUUGAGAGAAUCUAUCACCCUGUUUAUUGCUGAUCCAGAGAAUGAGGUCGCCUUUCCGGAUGGACAAGAGAAAGGUUUGAAAAAAUGCUUAGAAAUGUUGGACGAAAUUCCAGAAGUCUCUAAUUACUACUCCAAUCUCAAAGACUAA